AAUGCGUUGGUGUUUCAUUACCAAAUCAACAUAUCUCGCACAAAAACGUAAUAUUUGAAUGCUUCCUUCAAAGGAAAAAGAAUUAGAAGCUUAAAAUAUUUCUUGUCCCAAUCCCAAUGCUUCUCACAUGUUGCAUACAUAAUCAAAUAAAACUACCAAGUAUUUCAUCAAUUACACGUGAAAUCUACUAACUUAAUUCUAUGAAAUAAAGAGAUUAAAGUGAUCUUUUCCCACAUAAGUUUAUUGCCGACUUUGUUUCAGCGACAACACAAUCACGAGAAUGGGUGAACCACAAAGCCGUAAACGUAAAUUCAAAGGAAAUACUAAAGCUAAUAAUAAAAAAGGAAAAGAUGUAGAAAUGACUGCCGAAGACACAAACAAAAAUGAAGUUAGCAAAGUAACUAAGAAGGCUAAGAAAAACAAGCUAGUAGAAAAGCCUGCUGAAGUAAAUGAAAAUGGUACAAGCAAAGCUAAAACUAAGAAAAUGAAGUUUGUAGAAACAUCAAAUAAAGAGGCAGUAAGUGAAAGUGACAUGAAGAAACCUAAGAAAUCUAAAAAGACUAAAACUAAGGAAUCUGGUGACAAUGAUAACGAUGAAGUAGUAGCUAAAAAAGCAAAGAUUAGCGAGGUUACAGUAUGUCAAGAAACCGUCAAGCGUGGGCUGACUGAGGAAAUGUUAGCAAAGUAUCCUGUCCUUAAAGACAAAGAGCUGGUGAAGAGGUUUAUGGCUGCCAGUAUGACAAAUAACCAGAAAGGUCGUAUCCGGCUUACCCUCAGACAGAGGCUCAGAGGCACCUCAGACGCCAUGCUACCAGAGGUCAUCCACACCCAAAUGCAAGCCAUACUCAAACUACCCGACCCUUCUGACUCUGACAUGAGGAAACUUAGAAUACUAUACAACAUGUUAAAGACCACGGUGAAAGGGAAGAAAUUUGUUAAAAGAGAUCCUGUCAAGAAGACACAAGAGGUUAAGAAGAUAAAAGAAAAUAAAGAAGACGAGAAUGAAGAAAGUAGUAAAAAAGAUAAGAAACCACAACAGAAAGUGAAGGGACCUAAAAGAUAUGUUGUGUUUAUAGGAAACUUGCCUUUGGAUAUCAGUGAAGAUAAGAUAUUAGAACACUUCUCCGACCUGAGCGGCCAGAUCGUAGGCGUGCGCAUCCCCAAGCCGUUGGAAAGUAAAAAGAGUGCCAUCGCAUAUUUGGAAGUCAAAGAUGAAAUUAGCUAUGAACUCGCAUUGUCGAAGCACCACUCCAUGCUGGACAACAGGAGGAUCAACGUGUUGUACUCCACGCAGAAGAACUCCAAGAUCACCAAAACUGAGGCCAAGGGCAAAGCAGCAAAACUAGUAGCCAUGCAGAAAUCCGGGCAACUUGCCGGCAGCAUACCUCUAGAUAAGAAGAGGAGUGCACGACGCAAGAAGAUGAAAGUGGCGCAGAAAGCCCGGGAGGCCACGGACAGGGGAGUCUGAGCGUAGCGAGCGGUUCUAACUACUUUAAUUUUGACGUGUCACGUACAUAUGUUUUAAUAUUCAGUAGAUGACUACAAUAUAUUUAUUUUUUAAGUUUUA